UGAAAUGCCAAAAGUGUUUUAGAAAAGUAAAACCAAAACCAACUUUGCGAGUUUAUCAGAGGUCCAAUGGAUGUCUUUAGCAAUAUAAGCUCCUGCUCCGACGCCCAGUCUGUCGAAAUCGAGACAUCUGUCACCUGCUCCGGAUUAAAUCUGACUGCAGACCAUUAUGAAAUAGAGCUUCUGCGGCAGAAAUUUGAGUUAGACCGUUUGGGGAUGACCGUCACCACCAAUGCCGUUGUCAUUCAAAAGGAUCAGAGCAAUCUAAUUGGGAUCAGCAUAGGGGGCGGUGCUCCAAUGUGUCCUUGCCUCUAUAUUGUACAGGUGUUUGAUGGCACGCCAGCAGCCCGGGAGGGUUCAUUGCAGUCCGGUGACGAACUCUUGGCCGUCAAUUCCGUCAGCGUAAAGGGAAAAACGAAGGUGGAGGUGGCCAAGAUGAUUCAAACGGCCACCGAUGAAGUAACCAUUCAUUACAACAAACUGCACGCCGAUCCUAAGCAGGGAAAGUCCCUCGAUAUAAUACUAAAGAAGCUAAAACAUCGCAUUGUAGAUAGUAUGUCGAGUAAUACAGCCGAUACCCUGGGCCUAUCCCGCGCCAUACUCUGCAACGAUUCUUUGGUCAAACGCCUCGAGGAGUUGCAGGGUACAGAGCUGAUGUAUAAGGGCCUGGUGGAGCACGCACGUCGCAUGCUGAAGGCCUACUAUGAUCUCUUGCAAAUAUACAAGUCCUUCGGCGACUGCUUCACACAGAUUUCAGCGCGGGAGCCGCAACAACGAGCCUCCGAAGCGUUCCGCACCUUCGGCGAAUUUCAUCGAAAUCUAGAAAAGGAUGGUCUGGCCAUAAUAAAGCUUAUUCAACCGGUAUUGGCAGACUUGGGCACAUACCUGAACAAGGCUAUUCCGGACACGAAACUGACAGUGCGGCGAUAUGCGGACGCAAAAUUCACUUACUUAUCCUACUGCCUUAAAGUUAAGGAGAUGGAUGAUGAGGAGCACGGCUUCGCAGCCCUACAGGAGCCAUUAUAUCGGGUGGAAACGGGCAAUUAUGAAUACCGGCUAAUACUGCGAUGCCGGCAAGAUGCGCGAAGCAAGUUUGCCAGAAUGCGCACUGAUGUCCUCGAGAAAAUGGAGCUGCUAGAAUGCAAACAUGCCAUGGAUCUGAAUAAGCAGCUGCGUAGCCUGCUUAAUAGUUUGGCUGAGCUCCACAGAUCUGUGGUGGAACGGUUGGGCUGUCUACCGCCGUUGUUUCCCAUCGAAGUCGACUUUAAAGAAACAGAUUUUCAAUACAAAUCGAGCACCUUAAAGCCACAAGAGCUGGACGACGAUGAAGUUGAGGCUACCCAGACUUCUGCGAAUCUGGUUUAUGGCCUCGAAGCCGUUGAGCAGCCAGCUCCCAUUAUUACUGUCGAUGCAAAGGCCAUUCAUGAAUCAAACCAAAGUCAAGUCCUUGACGCCACAUCUGAAUCGAAUGUUGAAAAUACGACACUAUUAAAGGAGUUAGAUAUAUUCGAUGUUGAUUUGCUGUCUAACCCCGAAACGGUGAGCAAGCCAACGGAGUUAGUAUCAACGGCACAAAAUGGUGCUUACGAUUUCGACUUGUUUUUGAAUCAGAAUGGUGUGACAACAUCUCAGCUUGAACAGUAUCUUAUGACCACAAACGCGCAAGAGACAGAUCUGCUCUUGCAAUAGCCAGAUUGUACAUACAUACAUACAUAUAUACAAAACGAAACUAAUAAAGUGCUAUGUCAAAAGAAUUUGUAUUAUACUUGUAUGUACAUA